UGGCAGACAUCUACUUGUGGCGUGCGAUAGCGGGUUUUAGCUAAGACUUCCUUAAGGGUCCUUGAUCCUGACCGCUGGCCCCAUUCUACCACAUAUCGACUAUGGACAGAUAUAUGCUAUAAGAACAAAAGGGCUGACUCUAUUCGACAGUGCAGGACAAUGAGCAGUCAGAGGAAGGGUGUUAUGUCUAAAGAAGAGCUAAGUACGUCGAUCUCGAGGCAGAUAUAUAUAAGUGACACACGACGUUCCAAUCUGGUUUACUUAUAAAUUGCCCAUAUCUCCCGCCCCAAGUCGGAUCGAUCAAUCUUGAACUAACGCCGAGUCCUGCAACAGAACGUUACCUGGCUGAUCUCGAGAACCGAUCGAUGGCUCACCAGCUGCCUCCGGAUCCGAGUCAGAGACUCAGACAACGCAGCCGAUCGCCCCAUAAACCUAACGGAGGUUUCAGAUCUAGAGACAUCGAGCACUGGCGGCGCUUUGGAAACGAGAGAAGUGAAAACACAGCAGAUGCGGUCUCUCUUUAUAAUGACCCGAUGACGGAGAGCUUCAGCUCAUCCGCCGUCCAGCAGAAUCACCGACCAGUACCCCCAACACAUCACUCAUCAUCGCUAUCAAGCUGGUCAGCGUCGGCCGAGAGCAGUUAUCACAGUGAAGAAAGGGAAUACACAAAGCACCGGAGCUGUAAAUCGAGCAGCGAGUCAGACAGCUCCCGCUUUUCAGACCUCUCACAUUGGCAACAGCGUCACCGGCAUCACCACAGCGAGAGCCAAAAGCGACCGCCAAAGCCGCUUCCACUCAUUCAUUUCCCACCAGACCAUCCGUAUUACCAAGGUCCCCCACCAUCGUCGGGCGAAUUGAGUCCUCAAUUCAGAUCAACGUCGAAUAGUGUCUGUGCGGGAUGCGGCGGCGAGCUGGCGUUGUCAAAAGUUGUUCUGAAAGCGCUGGGAGAAAAGUACCACCCUGAUUGCUUUCAGUGUGCGCAUUGCGGGUUAUCACUAGAGCAUGCUGCUUUUUUCCCGCACGAGGGGAAGGUGUACUGCCAUCUUGACUAUCACGAAAUGUUUUCGCCUCGAUGCGAUCACUGCCAUACGCCGAUCGAGGGCGAGGUUGUGAAUGCGAUGGGCAAGACCUAUCAUUUUGGCCACUUUUUCUGUGCCGGCUGCAGUGAGCCAUUUUCCAUGAUGCCGUCUGCCUCAUACCAUGCCCGCGACAACCACGCGUGGUGUCACGACUGCUUUACGAAACGAUAUUCGACCAAAUGCUGGAAAUGCACAGAGAUCAUUCCAGAAGGAGACGUAAUAAUCAAAGUUCUUGGAAGAGAAUGGUGCAGCAGCUGUUUUGCGUGUGAAGAAUGCACCACACCGUUUGGUGAUGAUGGAUUCGUCUUACGAGAUGAUGGAACGCUUGUUUGCAUGACGUGCGAAGAGCUACGACUUAAAAGAAACGUUUAUUCUUUGUAGAAUGUUUGGAUAUUCAUGGUAUUUUUAAUGAUUUUGAUUUCUACUUUCAUAUGCAUUUGGUGUGCCGUGUUUUGAGUUUUGUUUAACUUGGGGUUUAUUUCUUCAAUUUAUUUUUACGUAUCUACUGCUAUAUUUUUCUAUCAAUCUUAUUCCAUUCUUUCAUUCGAUUAUGUUUUGGUUAUGGGAUUCCUACUUUUCGUAUUUCCAUCCCAUCUCCGUUAGUGUUCUGCAGCAAGAGUGCAUAAGAGCGGCGACGAGAGUCAUGAUUGAGAGACGAGGAUGAUCUUAAUGAUAGAUUCAUGACAAGUUUAACUCAGCUUGUCAGACAUAGAUUUUUUUUGAAAGAC